GGCACGGGAGUCUCGGCGCUGCCGCGGCGGGAGCGGCACCGGUGGGGCCGGCGGCUCCUCACGGGAACAAAGCGGGGGCGGCGCGGCCACACGAGCACGGUCAGAAGAGGAAUGGAUGUAACAUGACACCCUUACAGUGCUCAAAACACACAAAUUCUGCAAAGAUUUGUUUUUUCAUUAAGUAAUACAAGGAAAAUGGAUGAAUCGGCUUUGCUGGAUCUGUUGGAGUGUCCUGUUUGCUUAGAACGCCUUGAUGCUUCUGCAAAAGUCUUGCCUUGCCAACACACGUUUUGUAAACGCUGCCUGCUGGGCAUUGUGAGCUCUCGCAAUGAGCUGCGAUGUCCUGAGUGCCGGACUUUAGUGGACUGCGGUGUUGACGAGCUUCCCAGUAAUAUUUUGCUUGUUAGACUACUGGAUGGCAUCAAACAGAGGCCUCGAAAACCUGGCGGUGGGACUGCUGGCACAAACGCUUUAAGGGUCCCCAUCAACACUGUAGCUAAUUGUGGAUCAAAGGACCUGCAGGGCUCCCAAGCUGGACAGCAGCAAAGGGUGCAAGCCCGGAGCCCUCCUGUUAGGGGUGUACCUCAGUUACCAUGUGCCAAAGCAUUGUAUAACUACGAGGGAAAAGAACCUGGAGAUCUUAAAUUCAGUAAAGGAGACAUCAUCAUUCUGCGCCGACAGGUGGAUGAAAAUUGGUAUCAUGGAGAAGUCAAUGGCAUCCAUGGCUUUUUUCCUACCAAUUUUGUUCAGAUUAUUAAACCUUUACCUCAACCUCCGCCUCAGUGCAAAGCACUUUAUGAUUUUGAAGUAAAAGACAAGGAAGCAGAUAAAGACUGUUUACCAUUUGCAAAGGAUGAUAUUCUGACUGUAAUUCGCCGCGUGGAUGAAAACUGGGCAGAGGGAAUGCUGGCUGACAAGAUAGGAAUAUUUCCAAUUUCAUAUGUUGAGUUUAACACAGCAGCCAAACAGUUGAUAGAAUUGGACAAGCCCUCAGGUUCUGCUGUUGACUCUGGAGAAGGUACCUCUGGGGCAGCCCACAACAAUUCAACCCAAAAGCACACUGAUGCUAAGAAAAACACCAAAAAACGACACUCUUUUACCUCCCUCACCAUGUCCAACAAGGCUUCACAGUCUUCUCAGAAUCGCCACUCCAUGGAAAUCAGUCCUCCUGUCCUCAUCAGCUCCAGCAACCCAACGGCAGCAGCCCGCAUAAGUGAGCUGACGGGACUGUCCUGUAGUGCCCCCUCUCAGGUUCAUAUUGGCACUACAGGGCUGAUUGUGACUCCACCCCCCAGCAGCCCAGUCACAACCGGGCCUUCCUUCACCUUCCCUUCAGAAGUUACCUACCAAGCUGCUCUUGGUAGUAUGAAUCCCCCACUUCCGCCACCACCUCUCUUGUCUGCUGCAAUCAUUGCAUCGGCCACUUCUGGACCUCAGUCUACAAGUGUCAUACAAAGGUCUGCAUCAGGAUCAACUGAUCAAGGUGCACAUUUACGACAACAAACUCGUCCAAGUGUGUAUAUUGCUAUCUACCCCUACACUCCUCGAAAAGAAGAUGAACUGGAACUGCGGAAAGGAGAAAUGUUCCUAGUAUUUGAACGCUGCCAAGAUGGCUGGUUCAAGGGAACUUCCAUGCAUACGAGCAAGAUUGGUGUUUUUCCUGGAAAUUAUGUGGCUCCAGUUACAAGGACGGGGACAAGUGCAUCACAAACAAAAGUUCCCAUGUCUAAUGCUGGCCAAACAGGACGAGUGGUGACUAUGGUCAGCCCUUCCACUGCUAGUGGAACAUCCCAGAAGCUCCAGGGGAAUGGUGUGGCAGUCAGCUCCAGCACAGUUCCCACAGCAGUUGUUUCUGCAGCACAUAUCCAAACCAGUCCACAAACCAAGGUCCUAAUGCAUGUGACGGGACAAAUGACAGUCAACCAGGCUCGAAAUGCAGUUAGAACAGUUGCCUCACAUAGUCAAGAAAGACCUACAGCAGCAGUCACGCCCAUACAAGCACAAAGUCCAACAUGCCUUAUUCCUGCAGCUGUGAUCAUUCCCCACCACUCUGUUGCCUCCCAGCAGCUCCAGCCCCAGCUUCCAAAUAGUGCUGCUUAUGUCACGGCUGUGAAUGUGAACCGCUCAACCGUCCCACUGGCAUGUACAGCAGCUUCUUUGAAUUCUCCUAACAUUGCUGCUUCAUCUCUGGAGGGAGAUAUCAGUGGAAAGACUGCAAACACUCACCCUGGAGCUCCUGCAUCUCCAGAGAGUGCUUUAACAGCUGGUGGAAAUGCUGCUGUCAGUAAAACAGACAAGGAUGGCAAGAAAGAAAAAAAAGGUUUGCUUAAACUACUUUCUGGAGCAUCCACUAAGCGCAAGCCUCGACUGUCACCUCCAGCAUCGCCCACCCUGGAGGCUGAGCAGGCCGCGGCAGAGUUGACCCUGCAAGGCGCCGUGGGGCCGGAGCUGCCGUCAGCAGGCGCUCACAGCAAACCCGGCUCCUGCGCCACUGACGCCGAGGCCUCUGGGCUGGCACAGGAGACACAGCAUCGGAAAGGCAGUUCCCUGGAUCCCUCUGUCCCAGUAGCCCCACCGCCUCGGCAGCCUUGCUCGUCACUGGGGCCGGUCCUCAAUGAAUCCAGGCCUCUUGUGUGUGAAAGGUACAGGGUUGUGGUAUCCUAUCCUCCUCAGAGCGAAGCAGAACUUGAACUUAAGGAAGGUGACAUUGUUUUUGUACACAAAAAACGUGAGGAUGGCUGGUUCAAAGGCACUCUGCAACGAAAUGGAAAGACUGGCCUUUUCCCUGGCAGCUUUGUAGAGAACAUUUGAGAAGAUCCAUUCCAAGAGCUCCAAAUUAUACUGUACUGUAAAAUAGCACAAAUAUUUUGCCAGAAAAAGCACAGUCAUGAAAUAUUUUCAAAUGACUGUAAUGUAAACAAAAGUCUACAUAUUUUUACAGUGUCUAUAGCACAAUUACACCAGCGAACAAAGGAGAUGAAGGCAUCUGCUGGUUUUAUCACUUUGAAUUCUUAAGUGUGAUGUGUGCCUUGUACUGUCUGAUUUAUUAUAUAGAGGAAUUUUUUUCCCCAAGUAUGUUACAUAAAUGAGCAAUUGUUUACAAGGCUGUAACUAAUUUAUUCUUGGGUUUUUUUUUUUUAAACUUGAAUUUUGUGUAAUAGCUAAAAUUCUUGUGACUAUGAUUUUAACAAAUUAUUAAUUUAUGAAAGAAUAACAAAGGGGAAGCUGGAUUCUCUCCUUAUGAGCAAGCAAUUAUAUCUGAUAAAGAGCCUCCCAUUUAUCCUCUGGACAUUUUUCCCCUGCUGUGUCUGACAGUAGAGUAAGUCUCUUGUAUGAGUUAAUGUUGAGUGGUGGUGAUGUGGCGUCAAAUAGAAUUUGCCAAAUGGGGAAAAGAUGUGUAUUUUCUUCUUUGGACAGAGAAAAAAAAAAUGUCAGUGGUGUUCGUGAGUCUAGUUUUACUUCUUCAUGAAUCACCUAAGUAGAGUAAUGUUUCCAGGAGGCAAAGAUUUAUGUGAACAACUGAACAAAACCAUCUCAAGGUUAGGAUCAUCUCAAGGAUAGGAAAGAAGAAAUUUAGGAGUGCCAACAAGAAAUCCCCUGUACCUUCUGUUCAUGUAAUAACUUGGCUAUUUGAGCAAAGCUUAGCUUUGUGUAUUUGGCCAGUUCUUUGGGCAUUUAGCGCUCAGGAUCCAACAAAAUUGGAAGGAAUGUUAAAGCCCAACAUAUAGAAUGACUAUAACUUGAAAACAUCUGUUUGAUAAGACUGAAUAUAAAAAUAAAAUUAUAAGUUGUACUUAAUGUCUAAAAAUGCCUAAGACGUGUAAUUUGCUGUUUUCUUCUCAAAAUGAUCUGCAUGGCCAAGAGAUGUUUUAAAAUGUCUGAGCAGUAGUGGUGGUAAGUGAUGCACUUGUGUUAAAGUAAAAGGCUGUAUGAAACACUGUGAAAACUUUACUAACUUCUUAACCAUUGCUACUUUGCUAUGUUCUGACUUUUUCUUUGUCUUGCAUGUGUUACUCAAUUCCUGCAGUAAUGUAACUGUGCAUGAUUGGCAUUUUCCAUUCCAGUUUCCUGUUGCUGGUUAUUUUGCUCUGAAAGUUUCCCAAAAGCCACUUGACCAAAACUAGUGAGUAACUCGCCUUCAACCAGAGAAGGUGUCCAGUGUUUGAAUCAUUAGUAAUUUUUUUUAUUGUCCUUGCAGCUGAUGGAUAGAAAGAAUGCAGCUUGCAAGAAGUAUGUUGUUAGUCUUUCAGGGUUUUUUUAGAGAUUUGACACUGGUGAACACGCGCUACUCAACUGAACUUGUUUUUUUAUUUUAUUAUUUGAUUAUAGCAGUUUAUUGGUGUUUUUUUUUUUUGUAAGACACUGACACCAUCAUCUCCAUUUAAAUCUGAUCUAAUUUGGCUGUUGCUCAGCACUUUACAAAGGGAAGCCAGUAAGGUGAUUCAGUGUCGCACAGUACAGUGAUCUGUUAAAUCCUUAUAAUUUUCUUAAAGUUAUACAUUGAAAAACAUCAAAUGUUAAUUACAGAGAUUUCUUGCAAUAUCAGGUAGUAUUGUGAUGGUCUUAAAAAUAAAAUAUAUAUAUAUAUAUAGUUGGACAUGACAACAUUCCCAAAUUAACCAUCUCUCUUAAACACUGUAUCAUUCAGUUUUUGCAUUUUAAAAUCUUUUAAAUAGUUUACUUGAAUAUUCAUGUAAUAUAUAAAGGUUUUGUGAAAUUAAUUUUAGUUAGAAAGAAGCUGAUAUCAGCUUUCGUCAGCAUAAAUUGGCACUAGUGUGUCGUAAUCUUAUUUUGGAAAAUUUAGUGCAUUUUAUAUUAAAGACUACUAAAGGUUAAUUUUUUUCUAUCUCUACUCUCCAUAUUUUAAACUAAGUGACUAAAGUACCUCUAUUAAUAGAAUUUAAUGAUGUAAAGUCAGUUAAAAAUCAGCUGUUAAUCCAAUAGUUCUGUUAGAUGGAAUACAUUUUUAAUUGAUUUUUUUAACAUUGAGUAAACGUUUGUAAAAAGGGCUUAUUACAUAGCAGUGCAACAAUGACAAAAAUGCAGUUUAUCAUGCCUUUUUUUGUGAUCUUUUGGGGUUAUUUUUGGUUUUGGCUUGGGAUUAAUUCAGUGUAGAAACAGAUAAACCCUGUGCAUUUGCUUUGUGUAAUUCCAUAAAAAAAAAUUUUGUAAGGUAUUUUAUAUCUAUGUUUGAAGUCCAGUGAAUGUUAAGUGUUUGAUUUAUUAUGUUAAACUUCUGAUCCUAAUAAAUAUUUUCUUAGCAAACAGUUACAGCAAAUAGUGUAUGCAAACAUUAAAUAUAAAUUACUUGUAAAGAAUUUGCCAAUAAAAUUCCCAGAACUUAAUUUCCAAAUUCCUAGGAGGGUAUUUCUGCUCACAGAGAAAAAGUGUUUGGAUUGCAUAAUAUAAGAAGCUUGGAAUGAUGACUAUAAUGCAAAAACUAGAGAGAACUGAGAACCUGGCUGAUCUUUUCCCAACUCCUUAUUUCAGUGAGUAACUUCAGAAAAGAGUAGCUAACUCCAUCUCAGUUUGUUCAUGAUGGAACAACAGUCUCAACAACAGAAUAUCAGGUGCACAAUAGUUACAAACUGCUUUCCCUAGAGGAAGAAGUGUCUGGGGUAAUGGACCUGCUGUGGAUAUAUUGGGAGAGGUUGAAGCAUCUGUCUGAACUUCCACUGUGGGCAGAAGUGUUGGUUGGCAAGAGACUCGUUUGCCUGAAGAAGUUUUCUGUGCACAGCAGUCAGGCAGCAACUGGCUAACAAGGAGACUUUGAUUUGCGUGUGGUUACAUGUCUGCUAUAUACACGUGGCCUCUGGGAAAAUGGAAAUUAAACCUAAAAGUGUUUGCAAAUGUUUGAGACUUGGUAAAUGUUGCUGCUACUGUGAAUAAGCUCAGUGUUAGUUAAGACUGACAAGGAGAACCUAAAUUGUACUAGCAGUGAAUGGUGCAGCAGUGGGUGCUCUCUGAAAGAAGGAGCAUCUUGUCUAACCUUCCUUAAUUAACGGGGUGAGGGGAGGGGGGAAGGCAAUACAAUUUGUAGAAAUGGAGUGUAUAGAAAAGAAAGAUUUAUUUUUAUUUUUUUUUUCAGAACUGUGGUCUGACAUCAGUGCAUCCGUAGAAGAAAAGUACACACAAACAUGGCUGUGUAGCCAAAGUAAGAUUAUUUCUUUGGGUUGUCUUUUUUGUUUGUUUGCUUGUUUUGCACUGUAAUUAUUGAGUAAUUCUAAUAAUGUUGUUAACAUUUGGCUUGCCAAAGGUACAUGAAAUCCUGGUCACCCUCACUUCAUUACCUCUGCCAUAUAGCAGUAAUGACAAUUAUGAUAGUUUUGCAUAGGCUUAAAAAUAUGGCUUCUGACCAUUUUGGCUUUUUUUAGAGAGCUGACAAAAUAUUAUAUCUGGCUUGUUCUUUCCAAGUAGCUUUAAGCAAAUAUGUUUAAAGGUGCACAUUGACCUCAAUGAAACACAAGAAUCCACUUGUCUAGUUAAAAAGAUUUGUGUCUGCCAUUACUAAAGCUCCUACAGUGUAGUCUUUCAUAUGUGUACACAAUUGUGGCAUCACUGCUUUCUGUAGGAUACACCAAAUUUUUUUGGAUUCCUACUAUGCUUCUGCAAUACGUAUACUUCUCAAAUCAUGCUCAGGUGCUCAUUCCCUGCACUUGGUUAAUAAUGGUAAAUCUUAAGCAGAUUUGAAGUUUGAUUUGAACAAAACCAGUGUCAUAACUCUUUUGAAUAACAACAACAACAACACUACUAAUGGUAAUGCUUUUUUAUUUGCAUACUUGCAGUAUUUGUAUACGGGAACAAAAGAGCUGAGAAUGCUCAUGAUGAAUGAUGAGAACAUGGACAUUAGAUGUGGGAGAAAAUUAGAAAAAGGAUUUGGAAGAUCUGUAUAUGGGACCUGAAUCUUAACUAACAUGGUGAUCUUACCUUAGUUAUUAGAGUCAAGCUCUGUGAAAAGACCUGAGAAGAACUUGGAUGUCUAAGGAUGAAGAUGCAGCCUUCUGUCUUUAUCCAGUCUCUUAAGCUUGUAUUUGUUUGGUCCUCAUGUCUAGAACAACUGCUGUUCUGUCAAAUACAUUUGAAAUCCAAAACUAAGCGUCUGUAUUUCUGAAUUUAGUUGCUGGUUUGCAUUAAUAAACAGGAGUAGUGUCCACUUUCUAUGUAUUUUAUGCAGUAACACAAACAUUGUAGGACUGAAUCUCUUGGGAAAUGCAAUGCAUUCUUCUUCCACAGUGUCAUCCAAACAGCUCUUACUUUCUGGGAGACAAACUUGUUGGCAACCUUGAGGUAAGCACCUGCUCUUGAAAACUUGAGGUGUCACCUUUUUGCAUCUGUUUCCUCCUUUGCCAAUUGACGAUUCCUGUGCUUCUGAGGUACAUGGUGUAAAACUUGCUUUCAAAGUGAAGGCUGACUGGUUUUUGUGAGUUUGAAAUGUAUUCUGAUGGAUUAGAUCUGCCUCCAAGUAGGAUCAUCAACAUCUAAACCCUUCUAGGAGGAGUCUCCUCAAGCCCACCUUCUUUGGGAGAGAGACUUAGCUGAUCUAUUUUAGCAGCUGAAGAGAGCACUUUGUUCAGAAUCAUCCUGGUGAAAGGAGCAAAACAAAAUGAAUUUGCUAAUACCCAAUCUGCAAUGUGCAAAAGCCAUUCAAAAUGUUACAUAAUGAGUAUUUCAUGUAUGCCUAUCAAAUCAGAGUGGUUGCACUCUACAUAAUGUUAGCGGAUCUCAGAAACUAUUAUCUAUGUUGUUUCAACUAUACUCUUUUCUCUCAGCUGUACUAUUUUGCUAAAAAGUGGCAAAAUCAGUUCUUAACUGCUCUACUGUUCCUACUCAGUGGAGUAAAGAAAAUUUAGACACAGUGACAUUAGCCCCAGAUUUCAAUUAUUCACAGUUCUAACAAGCUCUUUAAAAUUCCCCUUAGCACAUGUAAAUGAAUAGUGCUUGGCUGCACUGUGCACCCAACUCUAGUGCCCACAUGGUUCAGGUUACAUGGCCCAGAAGCCUUCUGAUGUUUGCAUCUAGUAGUCAUUCAGAUCAAAACCAGUUCACAGGAUGUCCAAACACUAACUACAUUCUCAUUUCAGAGUAGUGAGAACAGCCUGUACAGCAGUGCAGAGAGUGGAAAUUUGGCUGGCACAUCAAGACAAAAUACAAAAAUACAAAUGCACUUCAAAUACACUACAAAGGCAGAAGGAAAAAUGUCAGGGUUUUAAAAUAUCUGUGCAGGUGUUUUCUUGUCUCUGCUACCUUAGAUAGAACCCCAUUUCACAAAGCAAAUGGACUUUAAUUCCUGACUCCCCUAAAGCUCCCCCUUCCCUUUCCCCCCCUUCCCAGAAAGGAAAGCAACAUAAGCCCUUAGAAAUAUCCAGAUUCUUUGGCAUUAGAACACAUGGUUGGAUUCUCAAUUACUCCAAAUCAGUGCUACUUCAUUGAUUUCAUUAAACUUUGCUGGCAUACACUGAAUAUGCCCCCUACUGUUAAAUAGUGAAGGAAAAUAUCUGCCCUAAAGGAAUGAAUAUGUUUGAAAGAAACUGAGCUGGAUGAUUUUCAUACUUGGAAAAUACAGAGCUAUUCUGGCUGUGUUAUGCUUCUCUCAAAAACAUUUGUCCCACUGGUACAGCUGAGGCACUAGAUCAAAGAUGACGCCUUUUAGCAGCACUGUAAAGCAUAGAAGGCUUGCUCAGUUUUCAACCAAACGUAUAAAUUUCCAGAUCCACAAUUACAUAGUAAGCUUUGGUUGGCUAACAGCUGCUAGUCCCAAAAUCUUUUGUGGUUAGUUGCUGCUGUAUUUUCUCAUGGUGUAUCUGCAAAUGCUUGGGAGAGGAGAUGAGUCAGCAGCAGGAUAACUUUAAAGUGGUCAUCGACUUUGUUCUCCACAACAAGGGACGUGCCCUAGGUCAAAUUUCUUAUUUCAGCUGGUUGAACUUCUGAAUAAGCUGAAGAAUGUUAGCUCUAAAAAGUUUACAGUUCAAAGAAUUUCUCUCCACUCCUCUGAUAGGCAAUCUUAGGGUGUCUUUUGAAUACACACAGAUCAGGAAAAUCUCCUUAUUUUCUUGCUUAUCAAAGCAUUACUGUACACUGCUAUCCAGCUUCUAAGUUUAUAGUACACAAGUAACUAUAUGCCCCUGCAGUCACUGAAAUUCUUUGCAUUCAGUAAUUUAAAAUCUGUGAUACACAAUAUAGCUUUUUUACAAGGAUAAAGUUUAAUAGUUUUUUAAAAUGAUGUACUACUGGGCUAUGUAAAGAUCAGCAUUUUCAUGAAAGAUAAGAGCACAUGCUAAGAGAUAAGCAUUUUAAAAAUUAAAAAAAUCAUCCUGCCUAGGCAUUCAGUGAUUGAAUACUUGCACCAAAUGUGUAUUUCUUAAUACUGAAUGGGUUGUAUCUGCCACAGACAUAAAAUUCUCAGAAAGCUAGAGAGUGUCUGUUGAGAAUAAAUAACAUUUUUAUUUUAUUUUGCAAUAAACAGGAAAAAGAGAGCAAGAAUAAGAUGGCCUUGGAAUUCUGCCUAAAGAACCAGAGACUGGUUCAGGACCAAAUUUGAAGUCCAGUUGUACAUGCCACUGUUUGGAUAUCCAUAUCACUGUUUGGAGGUCUGCCAUAGCUGUUCUUAAGAAAAUGGCAGAUGUAUUUCUCAUUUGUUCUUUACCUUACCCAGAAUACUCCUUGUUAAGGAAAUCCACAUAACUUAGUGUCAAAUGCAGAUAAAAUUUGGCCACAGUGGCAAAACACAACAGUGCUCUUGUAAUUUUGUUUAUCUGAUUUGCCAGUGUUAGUGAAAACUGAGAUGAUCAAAGAAAAGUUAACUACUAAAAUAUAAAAUUCUGUAGAUGAUAUUUCUCAACACCAUGCACUGUUCUCAGCACAGGAUCAGCAGGCUUGAGCAUCAGUUUCUGAGACUGGGAAAGAUACACAGUUCUCUUUGUAAAGGCUGACAUGUCAGCAGUGAAUGUGCCAGUGGGGAGUGGGUGGGAGGAGAAACAGCCCAGUAAUUACAGAGAUCAGUGAAACAUUGUCUGGUCCGACCACAGCUAUUUUGGAGUUUUUAUUUUACAAUACGCUAUUCCAUUGUAAAUGAUGCUAACUCCUCUCCCACAGUAGUUCAGGGAGGUUUGUUGUAAGCAGAUGUGACCAAGUGUUUGGAUGUUAGAAGAUGAGGACCACAACAGAACUAAGCUGGUUUCAUGUCUAGGGAGGCUUUGCUGACAACUGUGUUACCAGAGCCCCCAAGUGCUGGCACAGCUGGGGCUGAUGGCACAAACUGCUGUGAGGAGCUGUCAUGUCUCUUCAGAGGUCAUGCUGAUGAGAAAUGGUCAAUCAGGAGGAUGUGUCUCAGUGCUGGGGUGUGUUUAUGCUGGCAAACCUUUGUUGUAUGGACUCUGUGUUAUGUGGUACUGAUGAAGGAGAUGAUGUGGGAAUUGUUCCAUCUGUUCUCUUCGUACUUUUUGCCAGUGUAACAGGUUUGGUUUUGAGUACAAAGUAUCACAGUCUUAUAGCUGACAGUAAUAGUGUACUUGUGCAGCUAAGAUUUAAUUAGCCCACAGCCCUGUUUCUAUCGAGUAACAGCUAAAUCUAAGUACAAGAAGUAGCUUUUGUCAAAUGCAAGAUCUAGUUUGGGGAAAAACCUGUAAUUUUGAGCCUCUUUAUCAUCAGAUACUGCCAUCAGAGGCUGGAACUCUGAGUUAUUUGUGUGUGCCUGAAGAUAUGUCAUGUACCUGUCUGCAUGUUUUCUUUAUUGCAAUCUUGUCAAAAGCAAUAUUUUUAAGGAAAUAGGUUUUUUUCAAGGGCACAUAUUAGAUUCUGGUCAACAUCUGGUUAAUGUUUGUUAUUAAAAACUUAUUUCUGUCUGGCAUUGCAAAAGACACAAAUAGAAAGCCCAUGUUUUUGUAACUAAAGGCACUAUGGACAACUUUACAAAAGCUUAUAUAGCUGGCCUAUGUUGUGUUUCAGCUAUAUUUGGUAACACAAUAGAAUGCUUUUGGAAGAGAUAUUAGAUGCUGAAAUAGUAAUUCCAAAUAUAAAUGAGGUCCCUAAGGCAUGAAUGUAAUGUCUUGCUUAUAACUUUAAAUUACUUUUUUAUAGUUAAAACUAGCAUGUCUAGUGGCUAAUUAUAAUGUACCCUGAUGUUAUGCCCAACCACCUCCUUUUCUGUCUUUUUCACAUGCACCACUUAUCCUCCUAGGCCUUCAUUUCAUAAAGGAUUAAGUGCAUUGGAGUGUUACUAAACAAAAAAAA